AUGCCUGCACCAACUACAGACGAAUGGGUGGAAAUAUCGAGAGUUUUUUAUUUGAAAACAAAUUUCCCCAAUUGUCUCGGAGCAAUAGAUGGGAAACAUAUAAGAUGUAAAAAUCCUGACAACUCAGGAUCAUUGUUUUUCAACUACAAAAAAUUCUUUUCUAUAGUAUUGAUGGCUGUAGUGGAUGCAAAUUUAAAUUUUAUUUCAAUUGAUGUAGGAUCUUACGGCCGUGAAGGAGAUUCUAAUGUUUUUAAAGAGUGUCCAUUUGGUAAACUAUUAUAUGCCGAGAAAUUGAAUAUUCCAGAACCAAUUAUAUUACCAAAUACAAAUAGUAGCCCUCAGCCUUAUGUGUUUGUUGGAGACGAAGCUUUCGCUUUACACACAAAUUUACUAAGGCCUUAUCCGGGGCGUAAUCUUAACGAUACACGGAGAGUAUUUAACUAUAGGUUAUCGAGAGCAAGGCGCACAGUUGAAUGCGCAUUUGGAGUAUUGGCUAAUAAAUGGCGUGUAUUACAUACAUCGAUUCAAGUAGGGCCAGAUUUUACUGAUGAAAUUGUCAAAGCUUGUUGUAUUCUACACAACUUUGUCCGUAAGAGAGAUGGCAUCAAUUAUGAAGAUUCUGAAGUCAACAGUAUUGAUGACAUUGAAACCUACGGAGGAGGGGCUCGUUCACAAGGUGUUAGUGUAAGGGAUUACUUCGCAAACUAUUUUAUGGGCCCAGGAGCAGUGGAUUUUCAGUACAAAGUACUUUAG